GCUGGCUGGCAUUGCAACACAUGUAGCAGCGAGUUAGAAGGGAGAAGCCGGGUUUUACGUCACAUCUGGGAGCCUGGGCGACUUCAUUUAGAUCUUUUCUGGGCAGAAUCGCUGCGCUGCGGACAGGAGCAGCGAGGGUGGAGAGAAGAUGGCGGAUGAUCCGAGUGCCGCAGAUAGGAACGUGGAGAUAUGGAAGAUCAAGAAACUAAUUAAAAGCUUGGAAGCCGCUAGAGGCAAUGGUACCAGUAUGAUAUCUUUAAUCAUUCCACCCAAAGACCAGAUUUCUCGAGUGGCAAAAAUGCUGGCUGAUGAAUUUGGUACCGCAUCUAACAUUAAAUCACGAGUAAACAGACUUUCGGUCUUGGGAGCAAUUACAUCUGUGCAGCAGAGACUUAAACUCUAUAACAAAGUUCCCCCUAAUGGUCUGGUUGUUUACUGUGGAACAAUUGUAACAGAGGAAGGAAAGGAAAAGAAAGUCAACAUUGAUUUUGAACCUUUCAAACCAAUCAAUACCUCUCUCUAUUUAUGUGAUAACAAAUUUCAUACAGAGGCACUCACAGCUCUUCUUUCAGAUGACAGCAAGUUUGGAUUUAUUGUUAUUGAUGGGAGUGGAGCGCUUUUUGGCACCCUUCAAGGAAACACGCGAGAAGUUUUGCACAAAUUCACUGUGGAUCUGCCAAAGAAGCAUGGUAGAGGAGGACAAUCUGCCUUGCGUUUUGCCCGACUGAGAAUGGAAAAACGACACAACUAUGUCCGUAAAGUUGCUGAGACAGCGGUACAGCUGUUCAUCUCCGGCGAUAAAGUGAAUGUAGCAGGUCUUGUUUUGGCUGGAUCCGCAGACUUUAAAACUGAGCUCAGCCAGUCUGAUAUGUUCGAUCAGCGAUUGCAGUCCAAAGUAUUGAAGCUCGUAGAUAUAUCUUAUGGUGGAGAAAAUGGUUUUAAUCAAGCGAUUGAAUUAUCGACAGAGGUCCUUUCAAAUGUGAAAUUUAUCCAGGAGAAGAAAUUAAUAGGACGAUAUUUCGAUGAAAUCAGCCAGGAUACUGGAAAAUACUGUUUUGGUGUUGAAGACACACUGAAAGCUUUGGAAAUGGGUGCGGUGGAAAUUCUAAUAGUAUACGAGAACUUGGAUAUCAUGAGAUACGUCUUAAGGUGCAAUGGGUCAGAAGAAGAGAAGACUCUUUACCUAACUCCUGAGCAAGAAAAGGACAAGUCUCACUUCAUUGACAAAGAAACUGGACAAGAGCAUGAGUUAAUAGAGAGUAUGCCUUUACUAGAGUGGUUUGCUAAUAACUACAAGAAAUUUGGAGCAACACUGGAGAUUGUUACAGAUAAGUCACAAGAAGGCUCUCAGUUUGUGAAAGGGUUUGGUGGAAUUGGAGGAAUCUUACGAUACAGAGUAGACUUCCAGGGAAUGGAGUACCAAGGAGGCGAUGAUGAAUUUUUCGACCUGGAUGACUACUAGGUAGUUGAAGUGGGUCUGGCAAAGACGUGCCUAGUUCUCCAGCAUCCAGCCCAAGAAACUUGUUUCAUAGUGGAAGCCAAACAAAUCAGAUCCCUGCCUUAGAAUUGGAACAUUUCUAGUUGUUGGAUUAAAAAAAAGAAAAAGAAAACUUUGCUCUGUCAUAUUGUCCAGUGCAAACGCAAAGUUCCCCGAAUAACACUUUGCUCUACUCUCACCAGAUCCGUUUUUACUUUUAUUUCGAAAAUUAUUUGUUCCUGUAUUUUAAGAUUUUUUUUUUUUUAACUUUAUACUAUGGGAAAAACCGUACACGACGCAGACAUACAUGUAACUGAAACACCACAAUGUCUCGGUUUCCUUUUAUUCAUAUUACUAGAGGGAACAGAUUUACUAAAUGACCCUGAUAAACUGCAUUCUGUUUUGCACAAGAAAUGUCAUGUGAAGAAUGAAAACUUGAGAGGUUAUUAAAAAAAAUAUAUAUGCAGACCUUAAAGCCGACAAUCUUUGUAUCACAUUCAUCCUGCAGUUCAUUACUCUGUCAAAACAUUAAAGUGUAUCCUAUACUUGUUUCA